AUGGGAAAACAUGGGCAUGGGCAUUGGCAAGAGUUGUGGGAAACAUGGGAUCUCCGGGUAGUGAUUCUCCUCAGUCUCUUGCUGCAAACUUUUCUCAUAUUCUCUGCACCUUUGAGAAAGCGCAUGUCGACUGUUUAUAUAGUGAUGCCCAUGUGGCUGGCAUACUUGCUAGCCGACCUGAGUGCUAAUUUUGCUGUGGGGCUCAUUUCCAAGAGCCAGGGUACCUGUAAAACCUUUGGCCCUUUCUCUGAGCCGACCCUUCUGGCAUUUUGGGCUCCCUUUCUCUUGGUACACCUGGGGGGUCCUGACACCAUCACUGCUUUUGCCCUUGAGGACAAUGAGCUCUGGCUCAGGCACUUGCUUGGUCUUGGUUUCCAGUGCUGGGCAGUCGGUUAUGCUUUCUUUCAGUCAUUUGUAAAUAAGGAUUCAUUUAUAGUUAAUGAACUUUGGCUCCCCACAGUGCUAAUGUUCAUCGCUGGACUCAUCAAGUACACUGAGCGGACACGUGCUCUCUACCUUGCUAGUACCCGCAGAUUCAAAGAUUCUUUGCUCACAGAGCCCGAUCCUGGGCCUAACUAUGCGAAGCUCAUGGAUGAGUACACAUCAAAGAUAGAAGCAAGACUUCCAACGAAAAUAGAGAUGAUUCCAGAACCUAGUAGGGUCAACAGAAUGGCAAAUAAGGAAGAAAGGGAAGAUUUGAAAGAUUUGAAAGUGGUCCAAGUUGCUUAUAAAUAUUUUUCUUCUUUCAAAGGACUGAUUUCGGAUCUGAUCUUCAGCUUCCGUGAGCGCAACCAGAGUCGAGACUUCUUUCUCAAGAGAACCCCAAGAGAUGCUUUCAAAGUUGUUGAGGUAGAACUCACUUUCUUCUAUGAGGUUCUCUACACGAAAGCCACGGUGGUGCAAACUAGGCUUGGAUACGCGCUUCGGAUACUUUCUUUUAGUUUAAAUUGUGCAGCCACUGCACUCUUCUAUUAUAAGGAAAAGAAGGACUUUGAAAAGAUUGAUAUUGGAAUAUCCUACACCUUGCUACUUAGUGCUAUUGCUCUCGAUUUAGUAGCUUUUCUAAUGGUCCUUUACUCUGAUUGGACUGCUAUGAACCUCACUAAGUCUGAGCAUAAUCAGGUAUCUGAGAUCCUCAAGAAGGUGCUCAAUGUUGAUAGGAAAAGGUGGCCUAGGCCUGACACUGAAAAAAAAGAAAAAAAGCCCAGAUGGUUUUCCCCCAAGAGAAUCAUGCAAAUUGUGCGCCUCAGGUGGUCUGAAUCUCUCUCCCAGUACAACUUGAUAAAUUAUUGCCUGCACCCACGAUCGUCAUGGUGGGAGACAACGAUUGACCUUUUUGGCCUAACCAAUUUGCUAGAUGGACAGAAAUACGUGACAAAUGUGGAUUUCACUGAUGACUUGAGAGAUCUUAUUUUUGAGGAGCUGAAAAUGAAAUCUGAGCUAGCAGAUGACUUAGAAACAGCCAAGGAGAUAUUUUCCGCUAGAGGGGAUUGGAUUCUUCGGUUUGAAAGUUGCACUGACUUACUCCGUUGGAUCAACGAGGUCGACUUUGAUGAGAGCCUUAUUAUGUGGCAUAUUGCCACUGAACUCUGCUACAAUGAUGAACUCAGUAAAGAUAUGAAUAAUGGGAGCGCUAAUGGUACAAACCCCGGGGGUCCAGACAACAACAAGUUCCGCGAGUUGUCUAAGCUCCUUUCCAAUUACAUGUUAUACCUUCUAAUCAUCCAGGCCACAAUGUUGUCCACUGUUGGAGGUAUUGGGCAAAUAAGAUUUAGGGAUACCUGUGCUGAAGCCAAGAAAUUCUUUCGGGGAAGAAAAAUUGGGAAGUCAGGGGAAGGGGGGAAUUGUCUGAAUAUCUUCUCUUUUUGCAAAUGCUUUUGUGGCAAUGAAUUUGACAAGGGGCAGCAACAGAGUCGAACCACUUGCUGCUUCAAGACACGUUGUUGCAAAGGGGAAAAAGGACAAGAUCAAUUACAGAUAAAAGCCUGCGAGAGUAUCCUUGCUGUUAAUACAGCAGUUGAACCUGUUGCUGUUAAGGGGGACAGAAGUAAAUCUGUUUUGUUUGACGCAUGCAUGCUGGCCAAAGAGCUGCAAAAAUUAGAAAGGGAAAGAAUGUGGGAAAUAAUAAGCAAAGUUUGGGUUGAAUUGUUGUCCUAUGCAGCGAGUCAUUGCAGAGCUUAUACCCACGCGGCACAACUUAGUAAAGGUGGACAGCUCCUCACUUUGGUUUGGUUGUUGAUGGCUCAUCUGGGGUUAGGGAAUCAGUUUCAGAUAAGUGAAGGCCAUGCAAGGGCAAAACUGAUCGUGAGGAAGUAG